AUGCUACAAAGUAGUAUUAAAAUCAUUUAUACUAUGCAAGCACGUAUCGUAUUAUCCCAAACUAGCUGGGAAUUUCUUUGCUGUACUUUUAAAAAUUUUAAUGAUAAAAACAGUUCUUUGAAGAUAUCAAUGAAUCGAAUUUUUAAUGUAGUCACAGUCAUUACUUAUGAUCCGAUAAAUUGA